UGACAUAAAAUAAAAAAAUUACGAAAUGUUUCUUCAAAGAACAUCCAUUUCUUUGCUCGGUCGCCAAGCAAGCUUGGUCCGAGAGACGGAGAGGACCAUUGCUUGGUCAAGAGCAAGUUGCAAACAUUAUAGAUCCUGCAGAAAUUACGUCAAAGCUGUGGCUUCUCCCCUUGGUGUUGGUGGUGACAGUUUCAAAAAGCAAAAUGUCAAACGGGAAAUCUUUGUUGUGCCAGUGGGAUUGAAUGUCAGGUCCUUUUCUUCCGAGGCAACACCAGCAUCCGAGAGUAAGUCGCCACUUGCAGCUCAUAUCAUUGAUGCUUUGAAAGCAAUUGUGGGGGAAAAGAAUGUUUCAAUAUCAUUGGCAGUAAGAGAACAGCAUGGACGGGAUGAGUCGCACCAUGUUUGUUGCCCCGCAGAUGCAGUAGUCUGGCCAAGUUCUACUGAAGAAGUCAGUCAGCUUGCCAAGCUGUGUUAUGGAAAUGAUAUACCCAUGAUUCCUUUUGGUACAGGGACUGGUUUAGAGGCUGGAGUAGCUGCUAUUAAGGGAGGCAUCAGCUUCAAUUUGAUGAAAAUGGACAAGAUUGUUUCUGUCCACGAGGAGGACUUUGAUGUGACUGUGCAGCCUGGCAUAACCAGACUUAGCCUGAAUAAUCAUUUGAGAGAUACUGGACUGUGGUUCCCUGUUGAUCCAGGAGCAGACGCAUCCUUGUGUGGUAUGUGUGCAACGUCUGCCUCGGGUACGAACGCUGUCCGUUAUGGAACCAUGCGAGAGAAUGUGCUCAACCUUGAGGUAGUGCUAGCUGAUGGAACCAUCAUACAUACUGCUGGCAAAGGGAGAAGAAUGAAAAAAACGGCAGCUGGUUACAACCUGACCAAUCUAUUUGUCGGCUCUGAAGGAACUCUCGGAUUCAUAACAAGUGCCACUCUCAAAUUGUAUGGCAUCCCUGAAGCUAUGACGUCUGCUGUGUGCCAGUUCCCUUCCAUGCAGGCUGCAGUCGAUACGACUGUACAUACCCUGCAGUGUGGUAUUCCAGUUGCCAGAAUAGAAUUCCUUGACAGGUUGAUGAUGGAUGCAUCCAUAAAGUACAGUCAGUUGGAAAGACUCAAGCCGUUGCCUACUUUGUUUCUCGAGUUCCACGGAUCAGAGCAGAGUGUGGAAGAUCAGGCCAAAUCAGUCGCUGAGCUUGCGGCAUCAAAUGGGGGUUCAGACUUUGCUUGGGCCAAGGAUCCGGAGGAGCGCAAUAAACUGUGGAAAGCCAGACACGCCUGUUGGUAUGCCUUGCUUGCAUUGAGGCCGGGGUGUAAGGGCAAGUCGACUGAUGUUUGUGUGCCUAUUUCCACUCUCCCAGAUGCUGUUCUGGAAGCUGACAAGAUUUUACAAAAGUAUCCAAACAUCACAGGUACCAUGGUUGGCCAUGUUGGUGACGGCAACUUCCAUGUUUUACUCGCAUUUGAUCCCACAAAUCCUAAAGACAAGCUUGCUGCCGAGGCUAUCGGUAAUGAGAUCGGUCUGGCUGCACUGAAGUUGAAUGGCACAUGCACCGGUGAGCACGGCAUUGGUAUUGGAAAGCGCCACCUAUUAGUGAAAGAACUAGGAGAAGCAGGCGUCACCUUGAUGAAGAAUAUCAAAUCGGCUGUCGACCCAAAAGGGUUAAUGAACCCAGGAAAAGUGUUGUAGAUUUCACUUUUGUCCUUUAUUUGAAAUGGUGUUAACUGCUGUGAAAUGUUCGCGAAGCUAAAGUUGGUGAUUUCGCUUAUUUUCAUUAUCAUUUGCAAUAUACUAAAUGCCCUGGUUAUUGCCAACCUUUUAUAGUUGACAUUUUAACGCUUUAAAAAAUUUAGUGGGAAAAUCAUGCAAUUAAAAUGCUCACGAACAUUUCACGAUUUGAUACUGUUUGUAGAUAGCUAUGUAUACAUACUGGUGCUGAAUUGUAAAUUUGAACGCUGAAAUUGGUGCUGUGAUAAUUCUGUUGUUGUUAAAAGUUAAGUUAAAGUCGGCUAUAUUUUUGGAGCACAUGAUAUGUGACCUACUCUAUCUUAGAUAGGCUAUUGGUGUCAAAAAUACUUACUUUUACUUAGGACCCUUCGUGCCCUAGGUGGCACAUGGGGCGUUCCCCAGGGUCCUCCACUCAAGUCUGUUGGCUUCUCGCUGUCUGGCUGCCUCCCACGUUAGGCCCUUCUCUUGAAGUUUCUUUGCCAUGGAACGCCGCCAGGUCUCUCUUGGUCUGCCUCUAUUCCGUCUCCCCUGUGGUGUCCAUGUGAGUGCUCUCCUUGGCAAUGCGUUUGCAGGCAUUCGGAGCACAUGGCCCAACCAUUGCCAUCUUCGUUCCUUCACCAAUUCUCACCAAGUCAAAAAUAGAUAUCGAAUUAUUUGCAUGGGCUCAUUCUGCACAAAGUUGUCAUGAAAUGAUGUAUGCCACAUGACAUUUGCUUGAGAAUUUAUUGAUUAUUUGCAUAAGAAUACAUUUUGCUCUCAUAGUUUUAUCACUAUUUAUUGUGAGAAGCCUCUUGUUAAUGGAAGUUAUACUUGGACUCUGGAGUGAAAACCAUUAUUUGUUAAACAACUUUAUCUGCUGUUUUACUUGCCAAUAAAGAUCUCUAAACAGCUUAAAAACUACAUACGACUUGGUGUACAAUCUUUUACCAAGAAAAUA